GGUGGGGACUCUGGCAGCAGAAGUGGCUGCUGGCCUCUCUGAGGCAGAGAAGCCUCCACUAGACACUGGAGAAAAGCCACCCUUCAGUUGGAUGGUGCAGGACGGUGACCAAGGUGCCAGCUUGCUGGGGCCGGACUGGGGACACUGAGGGAGCGGUGGAAUGUCUUGUUGUAAGCGCUCCAAGCGGCAGUGUUCUGGCGGGCUGGGAGGCAUUGGACAGACCCCAGGGCCUCCUUCCAGGCCUUCUCUUGGUGAUGGAAAGGAUUUUGUUGAAACUCCAUCCCUGGAACAGGCUCCAUUGACCUUUGAGGAGGUGGCCGUGUGCUUCACGGAGGAGGAGUGGGCUCUGCUGGAUGCUGCCCAAAGGGCUCUGCACAAGGAAGUCACGGAGGAGAAUUCUGGGCAUCUGGCCUCUCUGGGACUUUUGGUUUCCAAACCUGAGCUUACUUCCUGGCUGGAGAAAGAGGAAGGACCAUUUGAUGAGGGCACCGAGGAAGGAGAGAGAAGUGCAGGUGAUGAGAGAGAGAGUGAAAUGCAGUGGAGAAGAUCUGAAGGAAAACGGAAGUGGGUAGAGAAAUCCAUUGUUUCCAAAGGAUCUGGCGUGCAGGAAAUUCCUAUCUUGAAAGAAAGUGACAACAGAAAUAGAAGGAGUAAGAUCCUUCUACAGGCAAAAAUCUUAACUUAUAAUUCAAACCAUCACAUGGAUCAAAGACUCCAGACAGGAGAGAAGCCAUUUAAAUGCUCAGAGUGUGGAAAGAUAUUCAAGCAGAGUGCAGCUCUUACUAAGCAUCAAAGAAUCCACACAGGGGUGAAACCUUUUGAGUGCUCAGUGUGUGGAAAGAGCUUCAAGCAGAACUCAGACCUCACUGCCCAUAAAAGAAUCCACUCAGGAGAGAAACCAUAUCAGUGCUCAGUGUGUGGAAAGAGCUUCAGCCAGAGAACAAGCCUUAGUUACCAUGAAAGAAACCACACAGGGGAGAAACCAUAUCAGUGUUCAGUGUGUGGAAAGAGCUUCAAACAGAGUACAAAUCUUGCUGUGCAUCAAAAUAACCACACAAAGCAGAAACCAUAUCAUUGCUCUGUGUGUGGAAAGAGCUUCAGCCAGAGUACAAGCCUUAAUUGCCAUGAAAGAAACCACACAGGGGAGAAACCAUAUCAGUGUUCAGAGUGUGGAAAAAGCUUCAAAGGAAGCACAAAUCUUACUGUGUAUCAAAGAAUCCACACGGGGUGAAACCGUCAAAGAAUCCACACAGGGGUGAAAUAUCAAUGCUCAGUCUGUGGAAAGCGCUUUAACCAGAGCUCAAAUCUUACAGUGCAUCAGAUAAUCCACACGGAGUAAGACCAUAUCAGUGCUCAGUGUGUGGAAAGAGCUUCAAUGAGCGCACAAAUCUUGCUGUGCAUCAAAGAAUCCACACAGGGGUUAAACCAUAUCACUGCUCAAUUUGUGGAAAGAGCUUCAGCCGGAUCACAAGCCUUAUACAACAUCAGAUAAUCCACACAAGUGAGAAACCACAUCAAUGCUCAGUGUGCAGAAAGAGCUUCAGCCAGAGCACAAGCCUUACACGACAUCAAAUAAUACACACAGAAGAGAAAUCAUAUCAUUGUUCAGUGUGUGGAAAAAGCUUCAACUGGAGCACAAAUCUUGCUGUGCAUCAAAGAAUCCACACAGGGGUGAAACAAUAUCAGUGCUCAGUGUGUGGAAAGAGCUUCAGCCGGAAUACAAGCCUUGCAUGACAUCAAAUAAUCCACACACAGUAGAAACCAUAUAAGUGCUCAAAGUGUAGAAAAAGCAUCAGAGUACACAUCUUGUUACAACAAAGAAUUUACACAGGAAAUAAAAUAUAUCAGUGUUCAGUUUGGUGGGCCACUGUGUGAAACAGGAUGCUCAACUAGAUGGGCCUUGGGCCUGAUCUAGCAGGGCUGUUCUUAUGUUCUUAAUUUGACGAGGAGCCAAGAUGGCGAUGGAACAGCCUGUUUUAGAGCCCCAGUUUUAAGUAACAUGUCUUUCUGAUAUGCCUUCAGUCUUUAAAAUUUUUCCCACAGCUUAUGUUGGAGACUCCUGGCAGGCAUGCAGGUGUAGGAGCCAUGCCUUGUGACAACUACAGAUCUGAGUUAGGACAAUGGUGUUGAAAUAUCAAACAACUCAAAAAUUAUGGUGCAGUUAGGAUG